AUGCCACCUCGCGGCCGUCCCACUCUCGUCGUUCUCUCCCUUGUCACUUCCUCCUCUGUCGCGUCGUUCUCUUCUGCCUCGUCCUGCGGCGCCGCCGCCUGCCGAUUUUUGCUGCCCGUGGCGAGCGCGAGCCCGAUGCACGCCUCUUCUCGAGGCUGUCUUGGCUGGGCGAACGUCGUUGUCGCCCUGCUGGCAGCGGCGCCAUCGGCGCAGGCCUUCCGUCCCGGUGCCCUGGGGUGGCUGUUUAACGGGUUGCUCUUCCUCUCGCUCGUGCCGCUCGUGGUUGGGCCGCUGAUCUCGUGGUACAUCUCCUCCAAUCUGAUCGAGGGCGCGUGCCCCGAAUGCGGAGCGCCGGUGCAGGUGCUCAAAGGGCAGAGCGGCACCUGCUUCAGCUGCGGCUCAAGCUUUAGCGACGACAGGGACGCGUCGACCGGCGUCUUCACUCGGCAAGGCGCGGCGUCGUCGAGCUGGUUCGGCGAGGGCGGCGCCUCAGAGGACGGCGUGGUGGAGGUGGACGUGAUCGUAGACGAUGACUGA